UGUUAUGUGCCACUGUAGCACAAUCAGCUCAUCCUGACAUGCAGUAAAGACCCGCAAGGUAGAUUGACUCCCACAGAAGAAUACACCUGUAGUCUGAUUGAUCUGGUGCUCACGAAGCGGAACCAGGUACCAGGCACCCCUGUGUGUCCAUGUUUCACAGCAGGUAGUGGAUCUCAUGAGGGUCUCAUAUGAUUAUCUGCCAGUCAUAAGGAUGCUUAAUCCUCCCAACGGAGAUUCGAAGGCGUCAUAUAAGUAAGCCGGGCAAGUGCUCACUGACUCCUGCCGAUAGCCAUCCAAGGCACCUGCUACCAUAUCAGCCACCCAAAGUUCAUCAUCGAAGCCUGAAUUCUAGUGAUCCUGAUGGUUCGCUUCCCCAUAUUAACCCUCGUAGGCUUCCUAACAGCCGCCGCCCUCCCCUCAACGUCCCCUCUCGAGACAAUCACCUGCGACAUCUGCAUCCUCGGAGCCGGAAGCUCAGGGAUAUACAGUGCUGUGCAACUGAAAGAUGCAGGCAAGCGAGUGGUAGUGGUGGAGCCCAACAACCGCCUGGGAGGUCACACGGAGACGCUCUACCUCCCAGACGACAACUAUGUCGACUACGGCGUGGAAGGGGUCUUCAACGAUGAGGUAUCCAGGAACUAUUUCAGACGGCUCGGAGUAGAAUGGAAGAGAUUGCUUCCGUUGAAUAAAAGAACCGACCAUGUCGAUUUCACAACUGGCGAAUGUGUGGAUCCUCCGGCGAACACUAUUCAUACGCUCCUGGCAACGUUUGAAUACCGCUCAGCAAUCAAACACUGGACAGGUCUCUUGAAAGGGGUUUACGAUCUCCCUGACCCCGUGCCCGAGGACCUGAUCCGACCAUUUGGGGAAUUCGUUGAGAAAAACUCCCUCGAGGACGCGGUGCCGAUGGUCUUUUUCUUCGGCCAGAAUGUAGGAAACCUCCUCGAAAUGCCCACCCUCUAUGCCAUCCAAAACUUUGGAGUUUCACACGUCGACGCUCUCGUGAGGGGGUACAUUACCCCCCGGAACGGUGUAUACGAGCUGUAUCGAGAGGCAGGGAGAAUUCUUGGCCCAGAUGUCCUGCUGCAGACGACAGUGGUCGAUACGAAGCGGUCUGAUUCCGGGGUGGAGCUGACGGUGCAGCAUGCGAACGGCACCCGCAAACUCAUCAAGGCCCGGAAUCUCCUGAUAUCAUUCCCCCCAAUCAUGGAAAAGCUCCGAGGUUUUGAUCUGGACGAGACAGAAACGGAAAUGUUUCAGAAAUGGUUUUGGAGGACAUACUAUGUCGCCGUGCUCAACAAUACCGGGAUCCCGGAUCGGAUCUAUGUCUCCAAUACGGACCCGAACACUGGCCCAGGGAAUCUGCCUCGCAUGCCCUUUGAUUACCUGCUGCAGUACAUGGGGGCCCCCGGGCAUCCAACUAGCAAGAUAGUGGGUGACAUGAAUUUCACUGCGGAGGACGCGAAGAAUCUCAUGGCGUCGGACUUUGCUCGCAUGAAGGCCAAGGGCACAUAUCCGAUCGAAGACCCUCAAAUCGUGGCGUUUGGUGACCACUCGCCAGAAACCCUGAUGGUUUCGCCAGAGGACAUUCGUAAUGGUUAUUAUCGGAAGUUGUAUGCCUUGCAGGGCAGACGGAGCACGUAUUACACAGGUUUGACAUUCUGUUCGGAUUACUCGUCAUUGUUAUGGGCCUAUUCCGAUACAGUGAUUGACAAGAUGAGAUGGGGGAUGUAACAUACGCUGUCUGUAGCCUGGUGGUAAUUCCUGCUGGACGAGUCACUUUUACGUUCAUCUAGCAACAGUUCAAAAUCUCAAAUAUUUCGUGCGAGUAGAAUUUCAGAAGCGCUUCUGAGCUUCUCUCAGACUUUAGCAUCCGCAAGGAACCCGGGUGCGUAUUGUGGCGUUUGGUUUUGGAGUGGUCUUGCUUGUCGUUUCAGCCAGCGGGACAUGAAAAUUUGAGAGGAUUGAGUAUCCGAAAAUAGACGUGGGAAUAGAAUUCUGGCCGUUGCUUUGGUAAAUGACGUCCAUGCAAGUGAUGAGCUCGGAAUCUAGUACUCUUGCGGCAUCAAUAAC